AUGGAUAAUUCAGCUAUGAAUCGAAAUGUAUUAAAUGUUGUGACAAAUCAACCAAUUCGAGAUACUUCAAAUCAAAAUGUUAAAAUUCGUCCAUUAAAAUCAAAUAAACCGAAUUUAGUACAACAUCUUACUCGUUCGAAUCCAAUUCAAGUUUCAUCUGGAUUAAAAAUUCUUCAAACACGAAUUCAAUCAAAUGAUGAUCCAUCUUAUCAACCAUUGGUAGUAAUCAGUGAUAAUGAUAAUUCCGAUGAAGAAAAUUUUGUUUCACCUAUACAUAAAUUAACAAAAAAUGAAUUACGUGAAGAAUUAAAAUUAUUUCGCCAAGAUAAUGAUUCGAUUGGAAAUAAUCUUCAUAAUACUUUACUUAAUAACAAUGACAAUGAUGAUGAUGAUGAUGCAGAUGAUAUUGAAUUUCGUACUUAUCAAUCAACAAAACGUUCUAUUUGCUGUGAUCAAUAUACAUGUUCAUUCAAAGGAAGUUUUUGUACAAUAUCAUAG